AUGUCCUCUGUACGGCCCGGAGUAGCCACUGUAAGAAACCCGACGUUGCCGUCACAGACAACGCUGGAGCAGCGAUAUUGGCGAGGUUUCACCAGCCCAUUAUUGGUCAAGGAGAGCCACCCAAUUCGCCAUAUCGAUUUCAACCCAACCUCACCUCACGACUUUGCCGUUACCUCAUCCACCAGAAUCCAGAUAUUUUCUUCCAAAACACGCCAAGUGAUCAAGACGUUCUCCCGGUUCAAAGAUACGGUUUUCAGUGGCGAGUAUCGAUUCGAUGGUAAGUUACUUGUGGCAGCUGAUGCAUCUGGAUUGGUAUCCAUAUUUGAUGCUUAUCAGCCACGGAAUCUUCUCGUGAGUCUUCAACCAUCAUCGCAUCCGACCCAGGUGGCAAAGUUCCAUCCUUCUGUCGGCAAUCAGCUCGUAACUGGUAGUGAUGAUCGAGUAUUAAGGAUAUACGAUAUUUCUCAAACCACUACUGGACCAAUUCAUCAAUUUGACGACUCUUUCCACAGCGAUUAUAUCCGAAGUGCAUGUUUCAUUCCUGGAAACCCUAACUUGGUGGCCACGGCUUGUUACGACGGCAUAGUGAGGGUGUUUGAUACUCGUCAGCAGCAACUUGUUUCCAAGUUUAAUCAUACCAAUCCCGUUGAAGAUGUAUUGGCAAUUUCCCCCACCACAUUAGUAAGUGCUGGAGGUCCUCAGGUCAAGGUAUUUGACUUGUCACGGUCACAGCAGAUUCAUGAACUAAACAAUUUCACAAAGACUACCACCUGCUUGCAUGAUACUGGCGAUCGUGGACUUCUCGUGGGUUCCUUAGAUGGCCAUGUGAAGAUAUUUGACACCAACUCGCCUACGUGGGAUGUCAAGUUUGGUUGGAAAUAUGGAAGCGGUGGUGUUUUAUCGUGUGCUGUUUCCCCAUCAAAUCACAAGCAUUUCGUAACUGGACUCACAUCUGGAUUACUCUCAAUUCGAACCAGGAAAGACGCACGUCCAAACGUGGCCAAACUGGUGAAAACCUCUGCAUUUUCCCGCAUGAUGCGUGGCUCAGAAUACCAUGGCGAAGACGAGGUAAGAAUCGUCGAGACAGCCAAAGCAUCAACCAAAAAGCCAAAGCAGUUUGAAAAACAUCUUAAUGCUUUUAGAUGGUCCGAGGCAUUGGACAGUGCCUUUGCUACGGGGCUUCCUAAAGAACAUACUAUAACCGUAUUAAAUGAGUUACGCAAUAGGGGAAAAGUUCGGGUUUCUUUGGUAGGUCGUGAUGAGAUCUCGCUCUUGCCUAUCCUACAAUGGUUCAUUAAAAAUAUUCAGGACGUAAGAUCAUUCAACUUGAUAUGUGACUAUAUUGGGGUUAUUGUCGAGAUGUAUGGUUCUCUCAUCAAUAAGAGUGUGGUGUUGGAAGAAGUGUUUGCCAAUCUAAUGACAAAGGUGCAAACUGAAAUCAAUGUGUGUCGCGAGGCCAGCGAGAUCAAGGGUAUGCUAGAGUUGUUAUCUGUAUAA